GAAAGGUGUGCAAAAUUAUUUGUUGUGUGGAGAAAAUAGAGAGAGAAAAGAUUUUCUGCCUCUCUCGUAAUGCUAGAAUUCGGGAACGUUCAGCGGAGUUGAGCGGUUGGGAGGUUCAGACAGACAAAGUCCUUCUUUGCACAGCACACAGUUAGACUGUGAAAUUUGCUCCUACAGGAUGCAGGGAUGGCCAGCAAAUUGGAUGGCUUUAAAAGAAGUCUAGACAAAUUUAUGGAGUAGAUGGCUCUCACUGGCUACUAUGGGAGGAAGUAUGCCCCUGAGUGCUAGUUGCUGGAAAUCAGAAAGAGAGCAAGUGAGAGCGGGAAGGAGAGCUUUUGUGCUCAGGUUCUGCUUUUGGGCUUCCGAUAGGGGUUUCGUUGACCCCUAGACUAGAUGGAUGCUGGACUAGGUGGGCCUUAGUUCUGAUCCGGAAGGGCUCUUCUUCUUUCCUUACGACUGGUCAUCCUAACACAGAGAGAAAUUGCAGCUGGUGACCUAAGGAUAGAAGGAGCUCUCUCUUCGAGGUGAACCACACAGGCCUUUGGCUCUGAAUCACCUGUAUUCAGAUAUUGUGAUAUGCCCACAAGAACGUAAGAAAAUCCCUUAUGGAUCUGACCCAAGGCCCAUCUAGUCCAGUUUCCUGUUCUCAUGGUUGCCAACCAGAUUCCUAAGGGAAGCCUCCAAGCAGACCUGAGGGUGGCAGCAGUCUCCCCACUUUAGAUUCCCAGCAGCUGGCAUUCGGAGGCACCAGGUUGGCCCAAGGCAUUUUGGCACCUGAGGCAAACCACACAACAUGCCACUCCCCACCAGGGAAGAAGGGGUGAGUGAAGAUCUACACCUGGGGAAAUCAAAUCACCUCAUAGCUGAGGGAGAAUCAAAGGAUGUUGCUGGAGGGAAAGAAGCCACACCCAGGGCUGUCCAAGGAUUUUUGGGGGUGUUACACCAGCACAGCUUGUUUCCCCCCUGGUUUGAGAGCUUCUGUCACUGUCUGUCCCACAGGAUCAGUGUUGGCGUUGACUCUCAUUUGGCUGUUGGCAGCAAGGUCUCAGCCCCUCGAAGCGGGGGCCACCAACGAACAGGCCAGCCCCGAAAAGCAGAAGUGUCCCAGCCUGUGUGGUUGCAGUUACGACGAACGCAAUGAUGAGCUGAGUGUCUACUGCAGCUUGCGAAACCUCACCAGCCUUCCCGAAGACGUGCCCAGGGCCGUGAGGAUGUUGUGGCUGGAGGGAAACAAUUUCACUUCCUUGCCAGCUCUUGCUUUCAGGAACCUCUCCAGCCUGGAAUUCCUCAACCUUCAGGGCAGCCACCUGUCAAGCAUCGAACAGCACGCCUUCCACGGCUUGGAGGAACUCUACUCCUUGCUCCUCCAACACAACCGGCUGAAGUCGCUGGCGCCCAACAUCUUCCUCCAUCUGCAGAACCUGGUUUCCCUACAUCUCAACAACAACCAGUUUAGCAAGAUUGAGGAAGGUGUGUUUGCUGGGCUCUCCAAUCUCUGGUACUUGAACCUCGGAUGGAACUCCCUGGUGGUCCUGCCGGACAAAGUGUUUCACGAUCUACCCAACCUGCGGGAACUGAUCCUGGCUGGGAACAAGCUCCACUAUCUCCAGCACCAGCUCUUCUACAGCCUCAGUGAGUUGAAAGAGCUGGAUCUGAGUGGGAAUUCCCUGAAGGGCAUCAAGGGCAACAUCUUCACGAAGCUGCAGAAGCUGCAGAAGCUUUACCUCAGCCAGAACCAAAUCAAUGCCAUCGCCCCACGGGCUUUCAUGGGCAUGAAGUCUCUGCGAUGGUUGGACUUGUCCCACAACCGCCUCACCAUGCUUUUUGAAGACACGUUUGCGGGCCUUUCAAGCCUGCAUGUGUUGCGCCUCUCCAACAAUUCCAUUGCCAGUCUGAGGCCAAGGACCUUCAAAGACCUCCAGUACUUGGAGGAGCUGCAGCUGGGGAACAACAAGCUCAGAAGCCUGCCGGAAAGGGCCUUCGACAAGCUGAGUCAACUGGAGGUUCUCACGCUCAACAACAACCAUAUCCAAGAGAUCAGGGCUGGGGCUUUCCUUGGUCUUUCCAACAUGGCAGUGAUGAACCUCUCUGGGAACUGCCUUAAGACACUCCCAGAUUUUACCUUCAGGGGACUCAGCCAGCUGAACAGCCUCCACUUGGAAAACAGCUGCCUCAGCAGGAUAAGGCCACAGAUGUUCUCUGACCUUUCCAGUCUCCGGAGGCUCUUCUUGAGACACAACGCCAUCUCAGAAAUGGAGGACCACAGCCUGAGCGAUUUGCACGAGCUCCUUGAUCUGGACCUCAGGCACAACCAGCUGAGCAGCCUCUCCCCAAACCAGUUUGCAGGCCUCCGGAACUUAGAAUACCUCCUCCUGUCCUCCAACCAACUGCUAGACAUCUCUCCUGAAGCCUUCACUCCACUUCUGCGCCUCUCCUGGCUUGACCUCUCCAGCAACUGUUUACAGGACCUGGAGAGUGACAUCUUCCGCUCCUUCCCCAGGCUGGGAUAUCUGAACAUCGGGAACAAUUCACUCAGAACCUUUUCGGUGGAUUGGCUGAGCCCUUCGCUCGUCCAACUGUGGCUGGAAGGGAACAAGUGGCAAUGCAACUGCUCGCUGAAAGGACUUAGGAACUUUGCCCUGCAGCACCCCAGUGUUGUCUUGCGGUACACGCAGUCCAUCACAGAAGGAGAUGCUCCUGUAUAUACUUACAACAACAUCACUUGCCUUAGCCCCGGGGAGGUAGCAGGACUUGAUCUUCGGGACAUCCAAGACACCCAUUUUGCCGAUUGCUAAAUACUGGUACUUUUUACUUGGUUUCCCCUGCCCCGCCCCCCACAAAAAACGCUUUCUGUAUAGCUGGUGUCAGCAUGCUCUCCUGGACCCCAUGAUUUGACAAAAUGGAUCUCUUGCAGGGGUGGCCCUCAGCCUGAUUUCAUAUGGCCCUUGGGCCUUUGCAAGCGAUCAAUGAAGACUCCUGGCAAGAGAGGACUGUCCUUCCACUGGUGGGAAGAGAAGGGAGGGAGGUGACAGAAAGAAAGAAAAGAGGGUGGCCCCAUUUUACCCUUUUCCUUUCUCCACUACCAGUUUUGGGCCCACUCACAGCGGCCCCUGACGGAUUGCCCCAAGCGAAGGCAGCCCUCAACAGAAAAAGGUUGCCCAAUGCUCAUCCCUGAUCUAUUGGGAAAGAGGGGUGGAUGGUCCCACCUCUGUGCCUUUCAACACCCCCUUUCCACUUACUUUCUGGACGUGCUAUCCCCUGGAAGGGGCAGCCUGUGGGGUGGGUGGGAUGAUUUUCAUAAGGUUUCCAUUUCAGCAGGCAGUCCCAGGGGUGUGCGUGUGUGUUUCCUCCCCCAACACUAGUAGGACAGUUACAGGUAGGUAGCCGUGUUGGUCUGCCAUAGUCGAAACAAAAUAAAAAAAUUCCUUCCAGUCUCUAAGGUGCUACUGGAAGGAUUUUUUUUUAUUUUGUUUCAACUAUUAGGACAUUUAUCCUCCUCUGGCACCUUCAGAACUGCACUCCUGACCACAAGAGCCUGACACAAUGUACUUGACAUGCUCAAUUCCAAGUCGAGUAACCAAACAGGGGCUCGGCAGGUGCAGGAAACGCCACAAUGUGGCAGGUGCUCCAUGUGGCAAUAUAUACCCAUCAGGCUCGGCACCAGCAGGUGGCACCCUUGGGCAAUUGCCAGGGCCCUGAGGUCUUAACAGGACCCACCUCUGGCAGGUAAGCAUGUCGGGGGGAGGCUCCGAUGUAGGAGGCAGAUCCAAUACAUAUAGAAAUGUAGGAAGCUGCCUUACCCUGAACCCAGACCAUUAGUCCAUCUAGCUCAGUAUUGUCCACACUGACUGGCAGCAGCUCUCCACAGAGUUCCAGGCAGGGGUCUGGACCUGAGACCUUCUGCAUGCAUAGCAGAUGCUCUGUGACUGUGCUA